AUGAGAGCAACCGCUAUUCUUUGGUCUUCCCAGUCCAAGUCUUCGCCGCAUGCAAUGCUUUACAAGCUGUGGGCGAAGCCUGUGGGUCGAUCGUUGUCUUUACUGCUGGCCAGUUACUAUACCCUUUACUGGACCUGGGAAUGGCUUGAAAAAGGCGAGCAAGAGUACGAGCAGCGUCAGAAACGUAUUGAUAUGGGACAACAGGAUGGUCAAAGAUAG